GGCUUUCUUCAGGGCCGCAGCAGACGUACAGAGAGUGAGGAAGAGGAGCAGUGGGCCAGUGCUGGCUACAGCCCACAGGACUGACCAUUAUCCUGGUCCUGAACUGGGUCCGGAGCUCAGGGACUUUGUGGUCUGGUUCUUCCAGAGAGAAUAGAGGCAUGGAGCAGCUGGGGAGGGUCCUGACCUGCCUGGGACUGCUCCUCCUCUGCUCUCUGGCCUCCGCUCAAAAGCUCUCGCCCACAGGGAAGAAUGUCUGCCUCAGCCCCAGGGACUCUUCUCUUGUGUGUUGUUCUGGAUGGGCCCAGCAGGGUGAAGAGUGCACUAUACCACUCUGUGAGGGUGAGAGAUCCUGCACACAGGACGAGGUGUGUGCAUUUCCAGGAGUAUGCAGAUGCAAACCUGGCUUCUUUGGGUUCCAGUGUAAGACUCGCUGUCCACCGGAGUUCUGGGGCUCUGACUGUCGCGAGCUCUGUCGGUGCCACCCUCACGGACACUGUGAUGCUGCUACGGGCAAGUGCACCUGCCUACCCACCCGCUGGGGCAACCUGUGCCAGAACAAUUGUAAAUGCAGUCGCCACGGGCGCUGUGAUCCAGUAUAUGGAAACUGUACCUGUGAAGAGGGCUGGUGGACGUCCACCUGCAGUAAGGCCUGCCAGUGCCACCAGGGCACAUCCACCUGCGACCAGACCACGGGGCGCUGCCUCUGUAAAGUAGGCUACUAUGGGCUAAAGUGCAGUCUACCCUGCAACUGCAACCUCUCGCCCUGCCUGCAGCAAUCAGGGGACUGCCAGUGUGUGAAGGGCUGGUGGGGAAGGAACUGUGACCGCCGCUGCAUCUGUGACCUCAGCCACGGAGACUGUGAACAGUACUCAGGAGAGUGUCAGUGUGAGGCAGGCUACAAGCGGCCCUUUUGUCGCGAGACCUGCAGUGCAGGCUUCUAUGGGAGAGGCUGUACAGAGAGCUGUGGAAAAUGUGAGGGUGGUAAACCAUGUUCGAAGCUGGAUGGCGCUUGUGAUGGCUGCGCCCCAGGAUGGAACGGCACACUCUGCGACCAGCCCUGCCCUCCGGGAUACUAUGGCAAGCUCUGCCAGAAUGUGUGCCCUCGCUGCAGGAGGGGAGAGCCAUGCCACAUCGAAACAGGAGAGUGCUCACACUGUGACCCAGGCUGGACUGGACCAAGGUGUAGCCAGCCAUGCCCUGAGGGUACCUUUGGGGACAGUUGUCGCUUCCUCUGCAGUCCCUGCUAUCACGGCCGCUGUGACCACGUGACAGGAAAUUGUGUCUGCCACUCUGGCUUUCAGGGUGUGAGGUGCAACAGUUCUUGUCCUGAUCGCCUGUAUGGAAUAAACUGUUCCUUGGCUUGUGAUUGUGGAGAUGAUGUGUGCCAUCCUGCAACCGGUGCCUGUCCAUACAGCAGUCGUGCAGCACUUCUCACAGGGCUUCUGAUUCCGCUGCUGCUUAUUAUCCUCGCUUUACUGUUCUGUUGUUGCUGUUGUGGAAGUCCAGCUGAUGGAAAGCACAGGGUGGCAGUAGGGGAUGGGAGCACGACCGGCCGCAUGAAGCAUCAUGUCUACACAGUGCUAGCUAACAUGAGCGCAGCCAUGCCGUGCCUCACCUUCUGGUCCUCUGGGCUGCCCAGGGUUACAGUGUCUCAUCAUGAUCCGGAGCUCACCUUUAACCACAGCUUUAUUGAGCCUCCUUCCUCUGGCUGGGUCACUGACUCCUUUGAGACUGAUGAGGAUGGAGAGGCACUGUACUGUCUCCCACCCAGAGAAGACAUCCCAGCUGUGGCUGGAGGUGAGUUCCAGGAGCUGAGCUCGAAGUGCAACGUCUUUCCUGACCCGUCUGCGUUCAGCACUGAGGACAUGUCUCUGGCGUUUGGCAUUCCCCGCACCUCCAGCAUCGCCAAGUCCAAGCGGCCUUCCGUCUCCUUCGCUGAGGGCACCAAGUUCAGCCCUAAGGAGCGGCGAGGCUCAGGCCAGGAGCUGCCUGCUAAUGCACGGAAGCCUAAAUCCCCCUGGGGAGUGCUGAUGCUCUCUGCGCUGCAGGGGGGAAACCAAGGGCAGGUGGAAGGAGAGAAGGAAGAGGGCACAGAUGAGGGUAAUGCAUCUACAGAGGACCAAGAGUCUGGUUUACCACCUGAGGCUUCGGAAACAGAGCCAGCCUUAAGGACUCAUCUGACUGUUCCGGGCAGCAGACGGCGCACCCUCUCCAACACCAAGAAACACCUCCAGCCACAGGCCUCCUCUGAUGGCCAGGAGGCAGAUAAAGAGGCAGAUAAAGUGACCACUGUCUACAUGACUGUAGGCAAGGCUGCUCAUGUCGUAAAGUCAGAGAGCAGUUCUGAAGGGCCAGUGCAGGCCAUGCUACGCAGACUAGGUAGUCUCCAAAGACAACGUGAGGAAGCAAACCGGCCUAAAGGUAAAAACCCAGCCGUGACAAAACCCCCUCGCAGGAAACUAGGGGCACGGGCCAGUGUUUGGGAGCAGGCUGCCGGGGGAAGCACAUCUGAGGUGGUCAUGAAAAAGCCCAGUCGCAAGAAACGCAACUCAGCGGGGGAAACAGAAACCCCACGUGAGAACAGCGCCACCAAGAGGCCCCUGUCCUCCAGUCUCAUGAGUGUUCCUGAAAGCCCCUUGCGAGAGUCACGGGUGAGCACGGACCCAAGUGCAACUUCUGAACAAGACACACAGUUAGAUGCAGGUUAUGAGACAGUGGCUCCAUCUGAAGAGGCCUCCACUCAAUCAGAGGUCAUUAUUAAUGAGACUCUGGCAGUGCAGGAGGACGGACCCAAUUACGAGAAUGUGUAUAUAUAUCCUUCUUGAGGGAGGUUAGAUUCUUUACCAUCACUGAAAAUUAAUGGAGUUUUAACUUUUAAAAACGUCAGUAAUCUGGCUCCCUUCAGGUUUAUUGAACAUUUAUUGAACUGUGAAUAGUAAUUUAACUACAAUUUAAGUAGUAAAGCAAAGGAUUACUGAUCAACUAACUUUCUAUUUGAUGUUUAAGUUAAGUUUAAGUAACUUCACAUUUUAAGAGAGACAGUUUAUUCGUUUUUUAGGUUAGAAUACUGUUUUUUUUACAUUGAUUAAACUACAUCUUCAUCAUUUUUUUAUAGCAAAUACACAAUUAUCCACCUAAUUAUGAUGUAAAACAAUUUUCCCAAAGUUUCCCAAUACCAUGUGUACCUCCCAGUUUAUCUACUCAUGAAAUUUUAAGAAUUUUUAUCAAUGGGUUGUUGAAAUUUGUUUACAAAUACAUUUUCCUUUUUUUCUGUGUACUUUAAAUGUCUUUUUAAAUCCUCAUACUUUAAACUGGAAUAUUCAUUAGUUGUCAUUCCAGUUGCUGGUGCUAAUGCUUUUUUAGGAAAUAAUGAGAAUACCAAAGAAGAAUAUGGCAUAAGAAAAGACAUGCCAUAACACGUGUAAAUAGGUCACAUAAGGUAGAUUAUUAAUUGUCUUUUUAAACUAAUAUAAAGGACCAUUAAGGAUUAUAAAAUGCCUGUAGAAACUCAUAAUAUGAUCAGGAUGUAUCCACAGAUAUUAAGGAAACAUUAUGAAUUUAAGCUCUGGCAGCUCUCGACAGUAAAAAGUUUUUUUUCUAUUUGAACCAUGCUGUAUGUCACGGAACCUGUAUGGGAUGUUAUUGAUCAAAGACAAACAUGCUGUAUAAAAUCAUACGUCUGUUGCUUGAAAAGUAAAAUGUUCUUUUUUAUUUUAAAGCAUACAUGUGGGUGGUCCUAUACAAAAAAUGUGUAGUUUAAAGUGUUUUUAGAGGGUAGAGUUCCAGAACAUAUUUACAGGAUCUAACCAGUAUAGAUUUUAGAGAGACCUUUACCCUGUACCUGUGAAUUGACCAGCCUGCACCCAUUACAUGUAGGUCAUCUAUGAACAAAAGUACGAACAGACAUGUUCUGACAAAAAAAGUUGGAAAUGUAUGGGAUUUUCUUAUACCAUAAGUCUGGUGUCCAUAUGUAGCAUUUUUAUUUUUGAACUGGAGUUGGAAGAUCAUUACACAGUUGCUCAAUAUGUCUGGAUCAUUGUCCUGCUGCAGAACCCAAGUACGCCUGAGCUUAAGGUCACAAACUGAUGGCCGGACAUUCUUCUUCAGGAUUUUCUGGUAGAGAGCAGAAUUCAUGGUUCCAUCAAUUACAGCAAGUUGUUCAGGUCCUAAAGCAGCAAAGCAGCCUCAGACCAUCACACUACCACCACAUGUUUGACUUUCAGUAUGAUUUAUGCCAAAUGUAACGAGACACACACCUUCCAAAAAGGUCCACUUUUUCUUUAGCAGAACUAUAGAAGAAAUCUAUAAUUGGACACCAAUUAUUUGGGAUAGGUCAACAAUUGUAAAUUUAUUUUUCUGUGUAAACAUCCCUUUUAAGUUUGAAUAUAGACAUUAAUUGGUGAUUGGUAUUUUUUU